UCCUCCUCCUCCUCCUCCUCCUCAUCCUCCUCCUCCUCCUCCUCCUUGUCUCAUCGCCAUUCGUGCCGUGCCGUGCCUGUGCCUGUGCCUGGUUUCUAUCCUGAAUCAUCUGACUAUCACCUACUACUAUUUGCUACUUGCUACUUGCUAGCUGCUACCUGCUGCUACUGCCUAUCGCUGUAUACGUGCUAUCCGUGCCUAUAGUCAACUCUCACACACUACCCAACAAACACACAUCCCAAUUCAUCAUGUCGGAAGAGCUCUCCAAGGUCGAUUCCGCCGUAGCUGGUCUCUCAAUAUCCCCUCCCAAGGACUCCAAAGACGCCCAAAAGAAGGAAAAGGCUCACAAGCGUGCGACCUCGACGUCGGAAGGCGUCCGGAACAUCAAUGACCUAGAAAAGGAAGGAAUCGAACUAGCCAUUGCCCCCGAGACACAAAAGCUCGGCUGGAAACUCAAUACCCCCCCUUCAUCACUCGACGACAAAGAAGUCCUCAAGAAACUCCUCACCACCCCGCCCGUCAAGCGGAUAGACCUGCACUUCCCCCUAGGCCUCGAAGUCACCGCCAGAAACCUCAAGGGCGUCACCAUCAAGGACGCGCUAGACGCUAUCCACAAGCAGUUCAAGAAGAAGGCCGACGACGAACUCGACAACCCCAUCCUCGCAGGCUUCGAGUGGGAUAAGGAGGAGUCAUGGACCCGCCUCAUCGUCCACCAGAAGAAACAAGGCGCCCCCGUCAGCUCGAAGAAAUCCAAGAAGAAAGGCGGCGAUGAAUGAGCUACCACAAAGACGUAAAGUAGAGGUAAAAGAGUUUAUCUUUUUCUACUUUUUAUUUUAACUAUUAACAUACACCCAUCUCUCUCUCUCUCCCCACUUAUGCCGUACUAGUUCUUGAGAAAUGAAUGUGUUCGAUUUGCUAGACAUAUUCUUGUUUUGUCGUCGGUUUAGUUCUAGUUAGUAUUUUGCUAGUUUUGCUAGGAAUUUAAGUUGAGGUAGUCAUUCAUUGAUGCUAUGUUUUAAUCAUUUCUUUACCCUGUCUCGGUAUCUCAAAAGAUAACUACUAACUAACUAGACUUCCAUCACACCUCUCUUAUCUCAUCCACCACUCUUUCUUCACUGAACCACUUGCAUCGUGUGGUCCGCUUGCAUGGAAGAGGGAGCGGGUUUUUGGUUUAUGAAUGUAUGAAUGUAGAAAGGGUCUAUAUAGAGGGAGAGGUCUUGCGGUCUUUUGAAAACGUUCUUUCUUUCCCCCUUUUUUUUACAUGUAUAUAUUCUUUCAUAUUUACUUUACUUUCCUGAAUUUUUCUACUCUCCAGCUUUAUUCAACAUCGUCGUUCUCUUCGUUGUCGUGGUUAUCUCUCUCCAUUACUAUUCUAUGUUCGUGUAAUAGAAGGGACGAAGACGGGGGGGUUUCAGUACAUCGGGUCAAUCAAACUUGGGACCUAGCCUAGCUAGUAUUGAAGUUGCUAUAUCACUCCCUGACUUUCCAAGAAAUCGUAUUUUGUGAUUUGUGUUUGUGAGGUGUGGGUAUGUAGUUAACUAUUUCAGUAUAUUUAUUCUAAUGUUCAUGCAUCCAUUGAAGAAUCUCUUUCAAGAAGAUGAUAUUUAAUUUAGAUCUAUGGUUAGUUAGUUGCCGGCUCUAACUAACUAAACAAAAUAAUACCCAACCCAUAGAGCGCCCGCAAUCUAGUGGAAGUGGAGUGGGUUGGUUUGAAAUUCAAUUUUUAUAGAAAAUAGUUUUCAGGGUCUAUUAUUU